UCUCUUCUGUGCUCCUCUUGCUGAUGCAGUGAGAGAAAAUGAUAGAUGUCUAUUCCACUGUUGGCAGGCUGAUGACUGUAGGCCACUGCACAGUUUGUGUGUCAUUGAGAGGCUUUUUGGACUUGUUUUAAGUGGGUGAGUCUGGAAUCUAAAGAUCUAUGGUGCCAUGAGGGACCCGUGUCGUAUAUGUGGUGUCCGUGCGGUGGGAAGCCAGUGUCGCUGGAUCUUCAGCCCAGCAGCACAGAGGAAGUUACAAGUCAUCUUGUCCCAUGUGCUGGGCUGGGAGGUGACUCGCGAUGGUCGUGGAGAGUUCCUCUGUGGGAAAUGUGUGUUCCAGUUGGAGAAGGUGGUACAGUGUGAUGUUGACAUCAGCCAGCUACAGGAUGAACACAACAGUCAGAUUCAGAAGCUGCAUGCAGAGAGAGACCACCUGAUCCAGUGCAUCAUCCACAUCUACAAGAAAAACAACCCAAGCCCGGACAAGAGUGAUGGGGAAAGCACUAGCUGGAAGGCUCCACUCAGGUCCUCUGGGGUGGGCAGUCCUGAUGAUGAGGCUGUGUGUCAGCUGGUCUCUGAAGGACAGCAGUUCAGGGAGAGUGGAAGUGGUCUUGUGGAGAAUCGCAUGAAAAGGUGUGUGAGUCUGGAUCAAAUUGCUAGUAAAGGAGCAUUCCCAUGGCGUUCAGGCCUCAGGAGCAGCAGGGUGGGAUCAGCAGUAGGGCUCGAUGGUUCUAUGAAGAGCUUAAGUCUGCGAGGCACCCGCCAAUGUUCACAGAGCAUGUAUCUUGACCUGGUCCAGCGUAAGGGUACGCUACCUAGACCUGGAGUCAAAGGUCGCUCCACAUCCCUGCAGUCCCUCAACAGAGACUUUUCCUCAGAUGCCCCUCCAGACCCUCCACCCAAACUUAAGCUCAGAGAGCCCAAGGUGUUUGCUGCCAGACAUGGUUCCAUUGAUGAUCCAGGAGGGAAGGACCAGGCCAGAGCGCUGCUUCACAGCUCCUCAAGUCAGCCUUCUGUGAUCUCUGACCUGGUCCAGCUCCUGCGCUGCAUCUCCAAGCAGCAAGUCUCUGCCCCUGCAGGGAGCCACAUCCCUGUCCUAAAGAGGUUAAAUACUGGCCCUCACAACCCCCGAGUCAAGCGCAGACACAGAGAAGCAGAAUGGAAGUCUCUGCAUGACCUUACAGAGGAAUUUGAUGAUGAAUACACUCCUGUCAGAGUGAAGAAGCAGGAUGAGGUCAGUCGACUGGAGUCCUACAACAAGCUGCUGACUGAAGAGCUCACCCAGACAAAAAGCACCAAUGAGAACCUGACUAGAACACUGGAGGACACUCAGAAUGAAAACAAGAACCUGUUAGGGAAAUUGGAGGAGAAGGGCAAUGAACUCAACACAGAGAAGAAAAACGCUGUGAAGCGAGACAAAACAAUCCAGGGGCUUACUCAGGUCCUCAGAGAAAAGGAAAAAGAGAUUGCAGAACUGUGUCAUGAGAUUGAGGACAGGGAUGAUGCUUUGGCCAAGGCUAGAGAGGCAGCACACAAAGCCCAACUGCAGAAAUACCAGGCAAUAGAGGAGCACCAAAAUCUAUUAAUGGAAAAGCAGACCGAGCUGGCUCAACUCCAGGGGGAACACCAUGCCAAGGUGCUCGAAGCCCAAAAGCUACAGCGCGCUCUGGACAGGAAGGAGCAAGAGCUGGCUGACUUGCAGCAGACAAAAGACCAGCUAGAUGUGGAACUGGAGGACCUGCAACAGCAGAAAAAGAAAGGAGACAAAGCCCUGAAUGAUUUGAACAAUCAGCUCAAAAAGCUGAGUGGUGAGAUUGGGGACAGGGAGAGUGCUCUGGAGCAGCAGUAUCAGGAGCUGCUGGAUCAAACCAAAAGAAAACUGCAGGCCCAUGAGGUCACCAUCCAGCGGCUCACAUCCACUCUGUCUGAUAAAGAGCAGCAGCUACAGGAGUACAUAAAUAUGGUCAGAGACUUUGAGCAAAGCAAAAGCCCAGGAGGAAACGAUAAUGUGCUUUCCAAGCUGCGGCAAAGGCUGAAAGAAAAGGAGAAGGCUCUUGAGCAAGCGCUGGAUGAGAAGUUUGCUGCCAUUGAAGAGAAAGACAAUGAGAUACACCAGCUGCAGCUGUCCCUAAGGGAGAGGGAAAGAGACCUUGAUAGGCUCAAUAACCUGCUCUCUCACAAUGAGGAAACCAUUAAUAGUUUUGACAGUCUGAUCAAAGAGAAGGAUGUGGAGCUGCAGCAUCUUGCAAACACACUUAAGAACCUUCAGAGAGCCAAGCAAGAUGUAGAAGAUAACUUAAACAGAUCUUUGAGGGAGAAGGACUCCAUCAUCAGCCAGCUUCAGCUCUCCCUGGAGGGCAAGAGAAAGGAUAUGGAGGAAAUGGCCGAAUCAUUGCUGAGCCAGUCACAGACUCAGACCCGUGACCUCGCUGAACAGAUGGGCCAGAGGUUAAAGGUCACAGAGGUUGCGUUGGCUGAGGCUGUUAAGGACAGGGAAAGACUGGUCGCUGACAAUGAGAGUGCUGUGGAAGGACUGUUGGCUACAAUCAGCAGCAAGGACCAGCUCCUCAAGGAGUCUGCAGAGCACUACAACCGCAUGCUGUCUGAGCGCACUCAGGAGAUUCAGGAACUGAGGAGGCAGCUUUCUGAUAGGCAGCAACAGCUUGCCUCUGCUGAGAAGCAAAGCUCCACAACAGCCCAGGAGGGUUAUUUAGAGACUGCAGAGCUCCGAGCCCUGCUCACUGAAAAAGACAGCAUCAUCAAUAAGCUUCUGCAGCGCGGUCAGGAGAGAGACCAGUUCCUGGCAGAGAUGAGGCAGAGGGAGGAGCCAGAACAUGUGCUGGAGCUCAGACAAACUAUCCAGAUAAUGCAGGAGAAGUUGGACGAGAGGGAAGCUGAGCUGUCCAGGAGGAGCAGCGAGGAUAAUGUGGAGUACAUUCCUCUCUCCAAGAAAACGGUGGUCGUCCUGAAGAAGGAGCUAGCACAAAAAACUGAAGCACUGAACAAAGCACUUAAGAGGGAGAAUGAACUGAAGAUAACUUUGGCAGAGCUACAGUCAUUGCUAUCUGAGCUGGAGGGUCACAAUGAAGGUCAGGCUGCUAAUAUUGAGUCCCUGACUGCCACUCUGAAGACCAAGGAUGAGAUUAUCAAUGUUCUCCACCAGCGCCUCGGUCAGAGAGGGGACAGUCGGGCUGAUCAUACCCAGGAUCAGGUCAUUGGCCAUGGCAUGGAGAGAUCACUCCCUGGGCUCCCUCAGAGAGAGAGGACCAUGAUUGGUGGAGACAGUCAGCAAGAAGCUUUGCCCAACCUUAUAGCCUUGCAACAGGAGCACGAUGCUCUGAACAAAGCCCUGAGAGCCGAACAACAGCUCUACUCCAGCCUGGUCAGGACUGUAAAGGAGCAGGACAGUGCCCAGCGUCUCCAUGCUCUGCAACUGGAGCUGGCAGCAGUGCAGCUCCUCAGGCAGCAGCUGGAGGACAGCAUCAAAACUAAUGAGGAGCUAAGGGAUGACUUGGAGAGAGAGAUACACAGAGCCAAACUCAGAGAAGGUAUGGACCUGAUUGAUCCUAAAGAACUGGAGAGCAUGAGACAUCAGCUGGAAGAUGCACAACGCUGGAAUGCCUCUCUGCAGGCUCGCUUAGGAGCCAUACAGAACCGUGGAGGAGGGGUUGGUGGAGCCAUUGAUGGUGGUGACACUUUGAGUUUCAUUGGAGAUCAGACUUCCUACAUGAGUAUCUGUGUGGGAGAGGGGCAAGAUGACAGCUUGUCUCUGCUGUCUGCACAGGAGCUCAGGCAGAAGGUGCUGGAGCUGCAGGAUUGUGUCAGCAGACUGCAGACUUUAAACAGCGAGCUGCAGAACCGGCUGUCACUGUUGGAGAAGUCAGACCAGGACGCUUACGACAAAGACCACAAAGACGUGGCCAGCAGUAGCCCCUGGAAACAGCAGCUUGAGAAGACGCAGGAGAUGCAGCCUGUGGCUCACAGUAAGAGGACGCAUCACCGUGGUCAGGACAAAGAGAGUCAGACAGACAUCAAAAUAGGACAGAUGGUGUCUGGAAAGAUGUUGGUUGAUAUGAGUAUGGACAGUGGCUUUGGCCAGAGUAGAGAGCAUGCUCAGUCUGGUAAUGACACCUUGGACACUGCAGAUAAAGAUUCUAGGGAGAGGAACACAGAUGCAAUGGCACUUAAAUCUCUGCUGACUGAUAGUGGGGCUACAUCCGUCUCACACCUCAGAGAGGAGCUGCUCAGACUUAGAUCAGAAAAUGCAGAGCUGCGGGGUCUCCUGAAAGAACAAAAGUCUACCGAAUGUAAAGAGAAAGAGAGCACAGAUGCCUCAGGGAACAGCAGUGAUGGACAGGCUGAAUUGAGAAAGAGUGUGGAAACCCUGCAGGCAGAGUCAAAUCAUCCCUCUAAGGUCAUCAGUCUGUCGAAGGAGGUGUUAGAUGAGGAGACGCCUGUCACCACUGAGCUAAUUGUCAGCACCACAGGGGACAUUGGGAGUCCACAAACUAAAGGCCAGUCACACAGCAAGAGUACAGUGCAGCAUGUCGCAAGGCAUGGGGCUGGUGUCAGAUCUCGCCUCCCAGUCCCUUUGAGGCCGAGAGGGGAGUCUAGCAGCAGCAGGCAGUCUGACCAUCUGAAAACUCAUGCACUUCAGCACAAUCAUUUGGAUGAUGUCUAUGGGUCUGACCAGCAACUGCACAUCGACUCUGACUCCCCCAUGUCACCCCAGCACAGCACUUCCCCUUCUUCCACACUGAGGUAUGCACAUCGUAGCGGCAGUCCGGUUGGUUCAGAGAAGGCCUCUGAAGCCAUAACAACACUGGAUCACACCCAAGACGACUCCGUUCUUUUCACUCAACUGGAGCUUCUCCACCAAGAGUGUCAGGAGAAAGAGACCCUGAUCCAUAAGCUAAGUGAGCAGCUAGCUGAUUGGGAAGAGCUCCAUGCUCAGAUCCAGGAAAAGGAAAGGCUAAAUCGCCAGUAUGUGGAGGCCUUGCAGGCUGCAGAAUCCACUAUUGCUUACCUGACCGCCUGCAGUCUGGACAGCCAGGGAGGAUUUGGAUCGCACACCAGUUCGUGCACAGGUCCUGGCUCUUUGGGUUCAGAUGCUGUCCUGUACAGCAGAUGCACAGAGCUGCAAAAAGCACUGCAGGAGAAGGAAGAGCUCAACAGCCAGCUUAUAGAGCUCCUUAACAUGGUGGAGAAAUCCAUCACCUCCCCUGACAGCCAAGAAAGAAAUCCAGAAACCAGUGAUUUAUGUUUGAAAAUAGAGACGGCCUUGACGCAGGUCAACGCGUCUUCAAGUAGACCAAGAGGUGUUUUUGGAAGCACAGAGGACUCUAUGCAGGAGUUGCAACAACAUGCAGACUCUUUGCAGGAGGCACUGAGCGAGCAGAAUAGGCUUAAUGCUGAGCUGCAAGAAAAACUGAGAGCUGCAGACGCUGCUGCUCAACAUGGCUACAACGGUAACAGUGCAGAGUCACUUAAGGAAAGGGAGUCAAAUGAACACCAGUGGGGAGUGGGAAGUUCUGAUAAUGUCAGUUUAAAUCAGGAGAUGACCAAAGUUCUACUGAACUGUCUUAGUGCAGCAGAGUCUGCCGUUGCUUCUCUGGCAGCACACUGUACAAAUACCAGCUCCUUAGCUUCUGGCAGGUCAUCACAGAUCAGCCCUGACCUGCAAAUUAAUUUAGACAAACUUCAGAGAGCACUGCAGGAGAGGAAGGAACUGGGAGAACCCACCCAGUCAACCGCCAUAUCCAGCGGCAAUCAGUCCGCCGCAACAUCUGGGACAAAGGGACAACUUCACCAAGAGCUCCAUAACAACCUCUGCUGCCUCUACAAGGUCUUCAGUGAUCACUGUCAGAGAAUCUCUGAACUCCAGGCUUCCUUACAAGAAGACAGGGGCCGUAGAGAGGAGAGCAAGGACCACAGGACAGUGCAGGAUGCCAAGGGAUUACCACCGAGUGUUCAGGUCCAACUGGAGACUCUCCACAAGGCACUGAGGGAAAAGAAGAAAGCAUGUAAGAGCCUGGAAGAGAAAUUGGCCACUGCUCUUACCAACACAUCUUCCCCUGAAACUGCUAGGAAAGCUCUGGAUCAGGAUGACAAAGGCGUGCAGGUGGAUUUGCAGGACCUGGGUUACGAAACCAGUGGCAAGAGUGAGAACGAUAGGGAAGAGAGCAGUAGCACAGAUCUAGAGGUUGGUGUGAAACCUAGCUGCAGUGCCUCUAGCCUGCCUUCCUUGCUGAAACACGAGCAGGCCACAUUCUCCUCUACUGAAAACCUGGACUCAACCUCCAGCACCCCGUACCCAAGUUCCCCAGCGCUCAGCUCAGCCAAGGUCAGUCUGAAAAGCCUGCAGGUCUAUGAUGAGUACGGCGUUUCUGAGGACCCUCUCCAGCUAAAGGGACAAGUCAGAGAGCUGAAGGUCCAGCUGGAAACCCAGACCAAACUCAUCCUCCAAAUGCAAAGUCUUCUGCGUAGGAACUCUCUCUCCAGUGACCUAUUUGCCAGCACCUCUGAUCCCUCAACUGUCCGGGAUCAAGAAGGGACACAGAGAGAGGACCACAGCCAAGACAGAAGCGGGCAGCUAAGGGAGAAAAAGGAGGGGGAGAGCCAGGCGAUGAAGGAUAAAACCAGACGUCUGAGUAUGGAACUGGAAAGAGAGAGGACACUGAACAGAAACAUGAGUGAACAGCUGCAGCAGACCCGCAGCCGCUCUACUUCACCUGCAAGACUGGACUCCCUGGUGCAGUCACAGGCCAGGGAGCUGUCACAACUGAGGCAGCAGAUCAAGGAGAGCCGCAGGCUGGGAGCCCUGCAGCGUCGGCAGCUGGAGGAGCUGAGCAAGGCCUUCAAGGAGCUGCUGCAGGACAGCCAAGUUGACUACUAUAUGGGAGAGGUGGUCAAAGAGCAGCUGGACAAGAGCCUGGGCAUUCUGGACAAGCUUGAGGGACGGCUGGACAAAGGAGAGUCUCAUCUGGAUAAUGAGGAUGUGGCAGCUCUGGAAUUGUCUCGCAGGUUGGCUAAAGAGCUGCAGGAGAAGAACCGUGUGAUUCAGAGCCUGCAGAGCCAGUUAAGAGGCCAAAGUCCCAGCAGCCACCACAGCUCUCACUCUGAUCUGUACCACUCAGACAGGACUUCCUCCUCUUGCUACAGCAGCCCGACCACACAGGGUGGCAGUCGAGCACACAGCCAGCGACACCUCACCGACUGGACAGGAGCGGCUGUCCCUCCCGUAGGAGGAGCUCAGGAGGAAGGUGUGUCCAGUGCGAGCAGACUGCAGGGCCUGCAGAGGGAGAACGGCCGACUGCAGGAGCAGCUGAGGGGCAGCGAGGAGCUCAACGCCACCCUGCGCAGUGAACUGGACCUGCAUCGCUCGAUUAUGGCCCAGACCAGCUCCCACCAUCAGGAGCAGGAUCACAACCACGACCAGGACAGAUCAGGGCCCCAGACGGACACUCAAAAACGAGACGGAGACGCUGGCUCACAGAAAAACGCUGCUGAACCGCCUUGCGCGAUGAAUUCAGACUUGCUGGGAGAACACCUACAGGAGAUCCGAGCUUUGCGGCAGCGGCUGGAGGAGAGCAUUCGCACCAACGACCGUCUCAGGGAACAGCUGGAGAAGAGACUAGCCGAGGUGGAGAAAGACCCAGCCACCAACAUCUUCAUCCACGGCAACGAGGAGCAGGGUCAGCUGGCCAAUGAGUUGCGAUUCCUCUGGGGACAAAACCAAGCCCUGAAGGAUCAGCUCAACAUGGGGUCUAGAGACAAGCAGAAGGAGAACGAGAAGCUACGGGAGACUCUGGCACGGCGGACGGCCAAACUGGAGCAGAGCAGGAAGGAGUGCGAAACUCUGAGGCAAGAAAACAGUCGGCUGCAGGAGAGGCUGGAGCACAGCAGCCAAGAAAACGCACAGCUGCAAGACACAUUGCACUACAGCAAGGAGGAGUUCCACAGGCUGCAGUGUGAGGUGAAGCUCCAGAGGCAGCAGCUGUCUGACUCUCAGCAUCUUCUGCAGUCACUGCGGGUGGAGCUGCAAGUUUACGAAAAGAUCAAGACCGAAUCUCAGAAACACAACGAAUCCGGCGAGUCGACCCAGGAGCCCGUCUCCGUCCCUCCCUCCGGCUCAGUGGACCUGAAUGAGCUGCUGCUGGAGAUCAGACACCUGAGGCUGCAGCUGGAGAGGAGCAUCCAGACCAACACGGCCCUGCGACAGAGGCUGGAGGAGCAGCUGCUCAGAGGACCCAACCGCUCUGAAACCAUCAACAUCAACUACCUGCUGUCCUCUCCAGACGAAGGAGGCAGGUCACCAGGGCGGGAAGGCUGCGAUCCUCUCCGUCACUCAUUUCAGAGUCACGAGUACACCAGUGUCCUCCACGAGGAGAAACGUCGCGCUCAUUCGGAGGUUGACAAAGGAUCCGUCAGCAGCAGCUCCGGCGAAAGCGUCUCUGGUGCCCCCUCUCGCCUGGUGCCAGGCCACAGGAUGUGGGCCAAUCGCAACGGCCGCCAUAUUUUGGGUCUGAUUGAGGACUACAGUGCCCUGCGCAAGCAGAUUUCAGAGGGCCGUAAGCUGUCACACGGCAUGGACGCACAACUGCAAGAGUGUCUGCACACAUUCAGUCAGCAGGGCUCCGACAACAGGGUGAUGGAACAGCAGUAUCUGAAGAGUCUGUCCGGCAGCAUGAGCACCAUGCAGCACGUGUUGGAUGAGGCUGGUCGACUGCUCAAACUGGUGUGGAGGGUCUCUUUGCCGGCUGGUAACACGGCAGGGGACAGCGGCAACAACCAGCAGGAUGAGCUGCUGAAAAACGAGAUAGCCAGACUGAAGAGCAGGCUGUCACAGCAGGAGAGGAUGCUGAGCGGAGCCGUUAAACGCCUCCGAACAACCAACCAGCUCAAAGAGGGAAUGGAAAGAGUCAUCAUCGAUCAGUUGUGUCUAACCCACGGAGUCUUGAAGAAAGCCAGGGGGAAUUUAGAGACAAAUUACUGUACCCUCAUUGGCCUGAAAGGCUUGUCUGGAGGACCAGACGAAGGAGGUCCCAGUAAAUGGCCAGUAGGGGACACUACAGACCCACAGCCUGAGCAGAUAAAUGUCCCUGUUUGUAAACGGACUGCUGGCAGACACUCUGAAUCCUCAGAGGAUCACAAUAGUGAUGCUUCGUUACACUGCAGCUACUAAAUCUGCUGCUACACUGCUUUUGAUAAUGUUAGCUACCUAAUGUUCAUCAGGCCUUCUCCUGCCUUUCUGUCCUGCUGUAAAACUGUCACCUUAUUCUCCUGAUAUCAAGCCUUUUUGUACUACAAUUGCACAUGACUUGCCUAUAAUUUGAUUUAUUUUAGGUACUGAAGUUGUAAAAAAAUCUUUUUAAAAGAAAAUGCCUUUGUAAAUAGUAGUUCCUGCGAUUUAAGUUUCCUUUAUUCUUUUUAUAUGAUGCAUAUAAGAACAUGAAAAUGUAUUUUAUUACUGACUUUAUUGUUUUUACUUUAAUUGGUUCAGGCCUCCUGUGUGUUAAAGGAAUUAUGUGCAAAUGCAGUAAAGACAAAAGUUUAAUGACGAAAUCCAA